AUGUACUUGUCGCGCUUAUUAAACGCGCCUUGUAAAGACAUGCUAUACAACUACCACACAUUCUUACCGAUAGUUUUACGCCGCGUACAACAAUAUAAAGGCACAAUUGUUCAUACCGCGAUCGUACACGCACUGGCGAAAGUUUAUACAGUAGAAUCGUGCGCGGGUGGGCGAAAGUUGGGCGCGAAGCGUCUGAAAUUCGUGAUCGCGUACUGCGAAGUGUCGGCGGGCUUGGGCGGGCGGGGGUUAGAGCGCGCACGCGCCGUGCCUCCCGCCCGGAGUCUGACGUCACUCGCGCUCCGGCACCACCCGAUUCGAAGACCCCGUUAG